CUCCUUCCUUCAGGAAGAGGGUGUUGGCUCCGUCAGCCGGUGGCGGAGGAGGAGAGAGCGGGGAGGGACUGCCGUGGUGCUGCUGACGGCGGCGUGAGCGAUGCGAAGCAACGACUGAGCACAGAGAACAGGAGCAGACCCAACAGAACACAUCCAGUCCAGUGUUGUCUUGUUCCAGAACCUGAGAGGACCCGGGCGAGGCGAACCAUGUCGGUUUUAGCUCUGCAAGAAUAUGAAUUUGAGAGGCAGUUCAACGAGGAGGAAGCCAUCCGAUGGAUGCAGGAGAACUGGAAGAAGUCUUUCCUGUUCUCUGCGCUCUACGCUGCUUGUAUCCUGGGUGGCCGCCAUGUCAUGAAACAAAGGGAAAAGUUUGAGUUGAGGAAACCUCUGGUGCUGUGGUCUCUCACGCUUGCUGUGUUCAGUAUCUUUGGUGCCAUCCGUACUGGGAGCUACAUGACCUUCAUCCUGAUGACCAAAGGACUUAAACAGUCAGUUUGUGACCAGAGUUUCUACAACGGGCCAGUCAGCAAGUUCUGGGCUUACGCCUUUGUGCUCAGUAAAGCACCUGAACUGGGUGACACCCUCUUCAUCGUCCUGAGGAAACAGAAGCUCAUCUUCCUUCACUGGUACCACCACAUCACCGUGCUCCUCUACUCCUGGUACUCAUACAAGGACAUGGUAGCAGGCGGCGGGUGGUUCAUGACCAUGAAUUACUUGGUCCAUGCGGUCAUGUACUCGUACUACGCCCUGCGUGCAGCCGGCUUCAAGCUUUCACGCAAGUUCGCCAUGUUCAUCACGCUAACACAGAUCACCCAGAUGCUGAUGGGCUGCGUGGUCAACUACCUGGUGUACGAAUGGAUGCAGCAGGGCCAGGAGUGUCCAUCCCACAUGCAGAACAUUGUUUGGUCCUCACUGAUGUACCUCAGCUAUUUUGUGCUCUUUGUCCAGUUCUUUGUUGAAGCCUAUAUUGGCACGUCCAAAUCAUCGGCCAAGACAGAUGUUAAGAAGAGCAAGUAGAGGAAAUGCCAAAAGUUUGGGUUGCAGGGAAAUCAUUUAAUAAAAGGAAUUUAAAAAUGAAGAACAGGGACCUGUGACAUGAGAGAGGAUUGGUUUGGGAUGAGAGAAAUGUGUCAUGGAGUCUGGGAUUAUUGAUGGGUUGGGGGUGGGAGGGGUUUCUUGAAAUGAUUGGUGUUUGUGCGUGAGGGUUACUACUCAUGUGAAGACCUGAAAAAGGGAUGAUGUCUCCCUUGAGGGACACUGAGGAAGUAGCACCACCAUGAUCAAAAGCCAUCAUGAGUCAUUCACCUGAGCUCUAAAAUGUGCCUCGAUGAAUUCGGAUUUCAUACUUUUAAAACCCCAGAAAAAAAAAAAAAGUCUAAAACUUUACGAUAAUAAAAUCAUCAGAGUAAUCGACUACAUCUCCCAGAAGCGUUUUAUUUAUUAUUGACUAAAAAAGGUCCACAUAAAGAUAGAUGCACUACUGGAGCCAUCAAGAGUUUCUGUCCGUUCCUUGUUCUGUGUUUGUUGUUUCGCUUUAAUCUGAAUACGAAAACGUUUGGGACACCAGUGAGCAAAUGAAGCUGAAGUUUUUAGCAGUUGAUGUGAAGGGAUUUGGUGAGAGGCACUGAGGAUUUUCUCAGGCGAACUUGUUUAUAUAAUGUGCAUAUCAAGAUAACGUAGAAAUGUUUAACAUCUGCUCCAGUUUACAGUUUGGCUGAUUUGCUUCCACAACAUUUGGUAAUGAAGAAAAAGCUAAGUAGAAAUGACAGAAUGAAGCCGGUCUUACAGACAGAAGCUGACAUGGUGCGCCUGGCGGGGCUGGGAAACAGCUGCUGAUCUGCCCUGCUUUACCUCUUAUUUGGAAAUGCACUGAUUUCCAGACUCUUCUCUGUAUUACAGGGUCCUUACCAGUGAGGAAUACCAGUCUGUUGGACACUGAUACCUUCAAUGGAGUACAAACAUUUUUAUGUUUGGCAAAAAAAAAAAAUAUAUAUAAACCAACAUGCAAAUUGUCAAAAAUCUGCGGUAUUAAAAAAAAGGUAUGUAUCCUUAUGGUGUCUGUUGAGCUACUGUGCAUUUGAACUCUAUCAAUGUCAGAAGACAAUUGUUGCUAAAAAGAAAAAAAACAAUGUAUGAACAAAGUGUGCAGAAAUGUGACAUGCUCGUGGUGUUUUCUUUUGUCUGUGCCGUCAUGGCGUCACGCGUGCAUAACUCGUUUCUUGGUGCUGAAAGUAAAACAUGAUGACUUUAAA